CCAGGUACAAAUCUCCUAUAUUUAAUCCUCAAAAAUGUUCGAACCGACAGCAAAAUUGCUUGAAUUAAAUAAUAAAUCUGCUUUAAAUAUCUUUCACGAAGAUUUUGCUAAAUAUCUAGACGAUUGUGACCCGCUAAAAGAGUUCAGAAAUGAAUAUUAUAUUCCAAAGAACUCAGAUAUUCCGUUAGGUAAGUUAAAAUAGUUUGUAUGUGUAGUUCGGCAUUUAAUUAUUAACUACAUAUUUGCAAAUUUAGUAUAAAACUACACGUGGUAUAUAUUUUGUUACAAUUCAGUAAACAGAAAAUAAACAAUUUAAUGAAAUGGAAGAGAUUAUGGGUUGCAAAAAUCCAAAAUUAAGUUAUUUGCUGUAGAAUGGGAAAGUCCAGCAAAAUAUUUAUAUUGCAGCCGGUGGUGCAAUUGGUAAAAAUCUCACAACUUGUCAACAAGAUGUGUUCACAACAGGCUUGUAGCAAGCAUGUCAACAAGUUGUAACAAUGUUGUUAUUUUAUCACGUUGCUACAAGUUUGUCACUCACAACUUGUUGACAAGUUGUUGAAUUGCAGGACGAUAAGUCGAUAACAAGUUAAUUGUUAGAACAACUUGUAACAAGACUCUGUUGAACUGAGCAACCUUGUAGCAAGUUGUCAACAAGCCGUUGACAACUUGUCAACAAGCUGGGAACAAGCAGUGCGAACACAUCCUGUUGACAAGCUGUUGGAAUGGCAUUGCUACAAGUCUGCUGCAGGUUUGUUACAACUUGUGCAUUUUUAUGUGUGUAGCUGGCAUAUUUUUGAGGAAAGGAGCAUGGGGUCCGCGAGGAUCUCUGUGAAAAAAGUUAAAUCAAUGAACUCCACUGUAGAAAGUUUGUAUGCAGCAACAGAGAUCUCAGUUUUCAAUGAUUUUAUACUGUAUUUUCAAUAUAUUUACCAUAACCCAUUGAGCUGCUUCACACCCAGCUUCGCACCCUAAUGCACCCUACUUUAUUAUAUAAGAAUGUUAAAGCACUUUCAUUAGUCAAUUAUGUCACAAUUAAGGCAGCCAAUAGCACUCACCUCGGUGGCUCAUCCCACAUUAUAAUGUCAUAAUGUGUAUCUAUAACUGGGAGGGGGCCCAAAUUUUUUAUUUCACCCCCCCCCCCUACCAAAAACCACUUGGCAUGGCCCUGAAAGGGUUACUCAAACUAUCUGCCUAUGUGUCUAGAUAAUUUGUUAACAAAGUUGCAUUGUGUUCUCUAAGAGGGUGUAGAUGGAGGGGGGGGGGGUUUGUCUGAAAAUCAGAAAACAGUAAAAAUUUUGGUACUUUGACGGUAACAAUAAGUAAACAUUCAGGUAUUUUAACGGUAAAUCUUUGAAAAGUGUUCUGAAACGAUAAAUGAAUCACAACUCACGAUAUACCCCAUCAACUAACACCCUCCUCUAAUGCACCAGGGGCCGGUUGUAUUAUAAAAAAGUGAUUAAAGUUAACUAUAGUUAGUGGAAACGUCAUCCAAUAAGAAGUGCCUAUUUGAGAGUUAAUCACUAUUUAACUACAAAAUAGUGAUUAAAAAAGUGAUUAAGACUUUUAUACAACCGGCCCCAGGCUAUACUUAUAGUUAUAUAUCUAAUAUUUAAAGUAUUGCUCAAUUUUUUAGCUGAUUUUAUAAAAUUAAUAAACCCAGAGGAGCCAUGUGUAUAUUUAUGUGGACAUUCACUUGGAUUACAACCCAAGACAACCAAGAAAUAUAUAGAUGAUGAAUUGCAGAAGUGGGCUACAAAGUAAGGGAUCUGUUUGAUAGAAAAAUUUGUUAAAUACAGUACAGUAAGGAGAAUUGCCAUCAUCAUCGCACCAUCGCAAUAACAUUCCUUACCGUCAUCAUCAUUGCCUGAUGCAACAUCACCACCAGCAGCAUCACCACCAGUAUCAUCACUGGUAUCACCAGCAGCAUGAAUGGCAUGACCACCAGCAUCAUCACCAAUGUCACCAGCACCAUCACCAUGUCAAUGCACCACCAGCAUAAUUACCAUCAUGAAUGGCAUGACCACCAGCAUCAUCACCAUCCAGCAUCAUCAUUACCACCAGCAUCCAGGCCUCGAAUUUCCCUGAAAUCAAUCGACGGCCAUGGCGUUAAAAAUUGCCGUAGAACGUAACAGCUGUCUACGGCAAUUUUGGCAGUUUCCACAGCAUUUUUCAAAUUACUGUAAUAAAACUUUAAUUUUAUUGUUACUUUGGAUUUUUGACAAGCUAGAAACAUGUCUACGUAUUUCUUUUAUGUUUUUUUUUUCGAAGAAAACUGAGACUAAAAUAGUGAUUUACGCAUGAUUAACAUCUGAAUUCAAGUAUCAAAGUAGUAAUGCACAGUGAAUAGUAUAAAAAUUGCACUAUACGGCAAAAGAUUGCCGUCGUUGCCGUAAUGAUCAACGGCAUUUUGUUCUUGCUCUACGGCAAUUGCCGCGAUUGCCGAGAUAAAAUUUGAGCCCUGCCAGCAUCAUCACCAAUGUCAAUGCACCACCAGCAUCAUCACCAUCAUGAAUGUCAUCACCACCAGCAUCAUCAUCAUCAUCACCAAUUUCAAUGCCCCACAGCAUCAUCACCAAUUUCAAUGCCCCACAGCAUCAUCACCAAUUUCAAUGCCCCACAGCAUCAUCACCAAUUUCAAUGCACCACCAACAUCAUCACCAUCAUGAAUGACAUAACCACCAGCAUCAUCACCAUCCAGCAUCAUCAACACCAUCAUCAACAUGCAUCAUCACCACCAGCAUAUAUUUGUCACUGUCAUUAGUACCAUUAUCACCACCACCAUGCAGCACCACCAUCACCAUGCACAGCAUGAACCACCAUUACCUACAUCACAAUAUCCAACGUUAUCAUCACCAUAAUCUCAACAGAUGACCAUCAUCACCUCCAUCGGUUUCGAUUUACGGGUACGAGACUAUCGCCAUUUUCUUUACCAAUUUUUUGCUAAUGUCAGCAUUUUUACCCGUAAUUUCCACCUGUUUCCCAGCGGGACACCAAAGUCUACACGUAAAAGACAAACAUGUACGGGUGUUUUCUGUUUACUCUAUAUAUGUGGGCCGUUUACAUAGUAAAAAUUUUCAACAUCUUACCCAAUAAUUGAUGCACAUAUGCUCUUCAAAGUUUUCAACAAUUUAUGCGAACCUCAAAAGCAAAAUUUACCAUUCUAUGAUCGGUUUUCACACGCCGGAAUAUCUUGGAUUUCUUAAGUUACAAGUCGUUCACCGAUGUACAGGUAUGCGUACGUGUAUAUCAACCGUACCCGUAAACCAGAACCGGGGUAUCUUCACCAUCAUCAUCGUCACCACUAUCAAAACUACCAUAAUCUGAAACAUCACCACCAUUAUCAUCACUACCACCAUGUCCCAAAGUGUUUUCCUACAGAGGCGUUUUAGGUCAUGCUCAUGUUGAGGAUAAACCAUGGUUGACAAUAGAUGAGACUGUGAAUGGACUAAGCGCUCAGAUUGUUGGUAAGAUCACUUUGAUAUUGAAGAUGUUCUUCUAUUAUGUAAUAUUAUACUGCUUGUGGACACCUCUCCAAUACACCACUCUAAGACACCACUCUAAUACAGACACUUCUCUAAUACACCACUCUAAUAUACAGUAGACACUUCUCUAAUACACCACUCUAAUACUGACAGCUGUCUAAUACAGACACCUCUUUAAUACAGACACCUCUCUAAUACAGACACCUCUCUAAUACUAACGGCUCUUUAAUACAGACAUCUCUCUAAUACAGACAUCUCUCUAAUACAGACAUCUAUCUAAUACAGACAUCUAUCUAAUACAGACAUCUCUCUAAUACAGACACCUCUCUAAUACAGACAUCUCUCUAAUACAGACAUCUCUCUAAUACAGACAUCUCUCUAAUACAGACACCUCUCUAAUACAGAAACCUCUCUAAUACUGACACCUCUCUAAUACUGACAUCUCUCUAAUACUGACACCUCUCUAAUACUAACAGCUCUUUAAUACAGACAUCUUUCUAAUACAGACAUCUCUCUAAUACUGACACCUCUCUAAUAUGGACACAUCUCUGAUAGGGACACGUCUCUGAUAGGGACACAUCUCUAAUACAGAUACCUUUCUAUGAACUGACACCUCUCUGUUACAGACACCUUUCUAAUAGAGACACCUCUCUAAUACGGACACCUCUCUAAUACGACACCUCUCUAAUACAGACACCUCACUAAUAGGAAUACCUCGCUAAUAUGGACACCUCUCUAAUAUGGACACCUCUCUUACUUGGCCACCUCUCCAAUAUAGACACCUCUCUAAUACGAACACUUCUCUAAUUCUAAUACGAACACCUCUCUAAAGUCGUGUUUACACUACUAGCCUUGGCCUACAUUUUGACAGUGUAAACAGACUUUGGCCUAGCCUUGGCCUGACCUAGGCCAGGAAAUCUGGGCCACUACAACCGGUGGCCUAGGUCUGGCCUAGGCUUGUGGAAAUGUAAACACUUUCGGCCUUGGCCUGGGCCUUAUUUUCAUGGCAACGUGUGUCCACAGUGAGAGAUUAGCGGACAACCAGCAGACAACGUCACAACACAUAAAAAUACACAAAAUUAAUUACAAAAUUCUAGGCCAAAGUGAGCCAGUCUCAAAAAAAAUAGUGUAAUGGUGUAAACGCGCCAUAUUUACCUUGGCCUGGCCUUGGCCAUGCACGCUUGUAGUGUAAACACGACUUAAUACAAACACCUAAUAUGGACAUAAUAUUGAUAGGAGCAAAGGAAUAUGAAGUUGUAGUGAUGAACACAUUGAGUGUGAAUCUGCACAUUUUAAUGGUACGAAAUAAUUCGAAUUUUGAAAACUUGUUUUAAAAUUGUUCUCAUUAUAACUUGAUAUUUAAUAUAAUGCGCUCAUGUAAACGUCAAAAUUGUGUUCGCGUUUAGGUUCCUUUCUACCGACCCACUCCUGACAGACACAAGAUUUUGAUUGAAGGGAAAAGUUUUCCAUCAGAUUAUGUAUGGCUUAUGAGUGUUUUUCUCUUAUUUGUCUAAUAUAUAAAUACUCUUGAGGUGCAGGGGACGAUGGGAAGUAAGGUAUCAUAUUGCCGAUUAUGCUGAAAAAAUAAAAAUGGUGGUCGUGUAAACACGGAGUGAUAGCUUAUACCUGUAAAUAUUGAAACAUUUUGGUUGUUUCGGCAGUUUUUGUUGAACAUUUUCAGUAUAAUCAGCGAUAUGAUACCUUACUUCCCAUCACCCCCUGCGCGCAAAAUUAAAUGCUGGAAUUGCCUAUUGAAACUCUCGAAAUUUCAUGUCAAGAAAUUGCUUACCUAAAAGCGAUAAUUCUCAAUAUAGAUCGGGGAAAAUUUUCGAAAAAAAUUGACAAUAUCAAAGAGAAAAUUUGAUUUUAUUCCACAUGCCUGAAAUACAUUUUUAUGAACAGGAAACUCCGAAACUAUAGCAAAUAAAACUGCUAAGAAAAAGUAGAAACAAUUAAUUAAUUAAUCUGAUAUGGAGCUGCUCCCAAUGGACCAUUCCCCAAUUAACCCAAAUUUUGAACUCAUCAAGUCUAGACAAAAAUUUCAUCACAGCUUGAAAGAACAUCACAAAAUUAGUAAUAUUCCAAAGUUUCGUUGCAAAAUGUUGUAAAAUGCGGGUAAUAUAGCCUUGCGAAGUUUGCAAUUUUCAGUCAUUUUAGAUUACAAACUGGAAAUGGUUACCACUUCUGUGCGUAAUACAAAAUAACUGAAAAUUGCAAACUUCGCAAGGCUAUAUUAUUUUCAUUUUACAACAUUUUGCAACGAAACUUUGGAAUAUUACUAAUUUUGUGAUGCUCUUUCAAGCUGUGAUGAAAUUUUUGUUUAGGCUAGUUAAGAUCAAAAUUUUGGAAAAGUGGUAACCAUUUCUCGUUUGUAAUCUAAAAUGACUGAAAAUUGCAAAUUUCGCAAGGCUAUAUUAUCCGCAUUUUACAACAUUUCGCAACGAAACUUUGGAAUAUUACUAAUUUUGUGAUGCUCUUUCAUGCUAUGAUGGAAUUUUUGUCUAGACUUGUUGAGAUCAAAAUUUUGGUUAGGCCAAAAAAAAAAUAUGUGGGUUUCCGGUUUCCCGACCCUACCUAGCUUUUCGACGUCGAAAUCCUGACCCUAAACUUUUUUAUUGGAUUAUGCUUGUAAGUGUUUCCACUUAGAGGAAAAAGUUUGUGGAAAAUUGAAAUUUGAGGCAAUAUUAGGGAAAUUUAUCUUUGAUUGUGGAAGCACUGACUAAACAAAAUGGCGUCCGCUUGUUAGGAAAAAUAAAAAAAAAAGUUUAAAAAAAAAGUUAAAACCGACCUACCCUACCUAAGUUUUUAUAAGAAGAAACCGGAAACCCACAUUUUUUUGGCCUUAAUUGGGGAAUGGUCCAUUAAUCGAUGAAUCGAUAAUUUUUUCGUUGUAAUCGGAAUAAUUGGAUCAUCUUUAAAAAUCCUGUACAGAAUGCACUGUUAAACAAAAGCAACUACACAUGAGGUGUCGUGAUCAGUGGUCAGCACGCUUGCCUUUCAAGCUAGGAGACUCGGGUUCAAUCCUAGGUCUGACCUCUACUCAAGGUCUUAAAAUAAUUGAGAAGAAAGAGCUACUUUACAUUAACAUCAGUAAGUGGUUGCGUCUUCUCCAAGGGUGGGUUGAAUACAAAAUAUUUGUAGUUCGCUAUAACUACAGCUACUUCAAAAAUAUGUAGUCAGCUACAACUACUGCUACUUUUGAACAAAGGUAGUUCGCUACUGACUACAGCUACUGCUUAGAAAAUGUAGCGAACUAUUUCGCUAUUUCGCUACGCUAAUUUUUUUUAGUUUUACUGUAUUUGGAGCAUCUACUAACUCAGGCUGAAAUGUAACCUAUAACAAAUCGACUUACGAGUAGCAACAGUAAACAUAAAGCAACAUGUUUGUAAGCACUACAGUGUUCAGAAGUGCAAAUUGACUAUUGAGUAUUGAUUUUAAGCAAACCGUAUCUCAAUAUCAUGCUAUUCUAUCAAGUUGCUAACAAUUUUAAAAAGUAGCGAAUAGCGAUUCGCUCUUUGAAAAGUAGUCAACUACUUGGCUACUUUUAGGCAAAAUGUAGUUCGCUAUAACUACAGCUACUGUUUUAAAAAAGUAGUCAAAAACUACUGGCUACUUGAAAAUUGUAGUUCGCUACAGUAGCGAACUACAACUACUUCGUUACUACCCACCCUUGGUCUUCUCUGAUAAGGAUAUUAAAUCAUAGGUAACUAGGUAUACCUCGGAUCCCCUACGAAUUGGGCGAUAGCCUGUUGGGAAAUUCGCUCACCAACGAGUGAGAAAUUCGAUAAACUCAAAAAUAAGAUGUGAACAGUCACACUUUAGGGGGAGGGGGGGGCCUUUAGGUUUUGUUGACUGGGAUGAGUUUCAAGGACUGUCCAUGUUUACGCUGCGACCAGCUUUGCCGGCCUGGCCUAAACCAGCUUUUUCAUUUAGUAUGCUGUCGAUUCACAAAUAAAAUUUCAUGGCUUUGAUCCUGCCGUGUCAUUGGUUGAAGUUGUUCCACGCGAGGCAAGUUAGAAAAAUUAGGGACCUUAUAAUAUCGACGUGUUUCAACCAGAGGCCGCGGAACCGGGGGGCAAUGGGGGCAAGUGCCCCACCCCCCUUUUUUAGGUGGAAAAAAGUGCCCUUUUUUCUGGGCUUAAGUGCCCCAUUUAAAGAACGAAAAAAGUAUUUCUUGAACCAAAGCCCUCUCUUGCUGGAAAGAAAAUGCCCUUUUCGCAGUAGUAAAGACUUUGUAAAGGCCAUUUCCGACGUUAUACAGACUCCAUAUUUUCAAAAAAUUUCGUUCGGCUCGUGAACGACAUACAAUCGUUUGAUUUUGGUCGUAUACAAAAGUGCCCUUUUUGGUCAAUGCCCCUCCACUUUCGAAAUGCUUCCGCGGCCUCUGGUUUCAACGAAUACCACAGGCCCUAUUGGGAUCGCCCGGCGAAUCCUGUACUAUAGUAACAACGGAUGCCCUAUCUAGCUGUCCGUUUGUAUAGAAGUGUUUUUAACUGAUAGGUUAUCCUCAUUUGAUACAGGCUUUAAAUUUGCCUUUUCAGAAUGAAUCUUGUUUACGUACGGAAGACAUUUUAAAGAUUAUCGAAGAGCAAGGAGACUCGAUAGCUUUAAUAAUGUUUGCAGGUAACUGCGAAAAUAUCUCGACUGUCGAGGGAGAAUACCCAAAAUUCUGAUCAAAAAUAGUGAAUCCUAAAUGAAUGGUAUAGCCGAAAAAAUGAAAAUCCAUUUUGUACUUUAGAAAUGAAAAUCCAUUUUGUACUUUAAACAGUAAAACCUGAUAGAAAAGUUCAAAAUUUCAUCACAGAAAAAAUUGUCUUUUUUCGCCGCAUUUAGGUGUUCAGUAUUACACAGGACAGCUUUUUGAUAUGAAGGCUAUCACAGAGGCCGGUCAUAAAAAGGUAUACGUUAUUUAGAUUAUAAAUAUUUUGGUGUUGGCUGCACACAUUUUGGUGUUCGCUGCGAACACAUCCUGUUGACAUGUUGUUGGAACAGCAUUGCUACAAGUCUGUUGCAGGUUUGUUACAACUUGUGCGUUUUUCCGUGUGCAUCACUCUGAUAACUGGAGUCGCGCGGCCCCAGGUUCGACUCCCGCCACAGACUAUACCGGGUGUCCCAAAAAAACUGGACACUGUUUGAUUUCAUGCAACGUAAAAGCUAUAAAAGCUAUCGCAAUGAAAUAAAGAUCAUUGCAUUCAGAAAGGACUAACUUAGAUUUUGAUAUAUAACACUUGAAUUUACAUGCAAUAUUGACUGCGCUAUUGAUGUUUGAACGUUGAACUAUACUGUUUUUGAAAAUGCCAAAAAUUAGCAUAAAACAACCUUAUAAAAAUUACUUAUGUAGUUACUAGUCAAAUAAUAAAAUAUUUUGAUUUUGGUUGUAUUUCACUCAAUAUUGCAUCUAAAUUCAAGUUUUAUAUAUCAAAAUGUACGUUAGUCCUUUCUGAAUGCAAUGAUCUUUGUUUCAUUGCGAUAGCUUUUAUAGCUUUUACGUUACAUGAAAUCAAACACGUACAGUUUUUUGGGGGACACCCGGUAUAGUUGUAUUUUUCAUUGCAUUCUUCUGGUUAAUCUAAAAAUGCUUGUCUUGUCAAGUCCGUUCUGCUCAUGCGCGUGUUUUGUUUAUAUUUUUUGUACUCGAAAUCUAUAAAAAUCCUUCAACAAUCAGUAUACCGUUUCCCUAGGGUUGUAUCGUUGGCUUUGAUUUGGCUCAUGCGGCUGGUAAUGUGGAACUCUCGCUUCACGACUGGAAUGUGGAUUUCGCAUGUUGGUGUACUUAUAAGGUAUAACGAUAGAACUUGUCUUCAAUUGCGGUAAUUCACUAACCGUUACAGCCUUAGUCAAAAAUUCAUAGGUUUCCAGUUUUUACAACCUUGUGUCGUCAACCUUGUAACAUUCUCGUCAUAUCAUGGCUGUAUCAGACUUGUUAGAACAACCUUGUGACAAGUCUGAUAAUGCCAUCAAGCUUGUUACAAGUUGUCAACAGGUUGUUCCAAACUUGUUAAAACAAAUACGCGAACAGAUUUGUGCGAACAGAUUUGUAACAACUUGUUUGCAGGCUUGUAACAACUUGUGUAUGUGCCUACUUACCCUCCAGCUAUUCAAAAACAACACUGACACUCAAGGGAAGCUUAAAUUGAACCUCCACUCUUUGAGUGUGAGUUAGCUCUUAGAAUACAGGCGUUAGUCACGAUAAAUUUACAGCAGAGCUGACGUGCCCGUAUCAGAAUCAACUUUAAUUGUUGCUUUUUUUAGUAUUUAAACGCUGGUCCUGGCGGGAUAGCGGGAGUUUUUGUUCAUGAGAAACACGGACGAAACUUUGAUUUACCAAGGUAUUACAAUCAUGCAGGUGUUAGAAAAGUUCCCUUAAGGUGACUCGAUAUAGUUAUCACAAAAACCCUGCUUAAGAAUCGCGAACUCAAAACCGAGUGACCAUUUUUACGCGCAGGUCGCGGAAACUGAUUAACAAAAUGAAAGAACUUCCAAAAUGACCUGACGUGAGCAGUUGCUCGCGCCAUAUCACGUCAUUGCGCAUGUUCUGUAGUGUUUUAUGUCAAUUGCUGACGUCAUUAGAAUUUUCCAUUUUAGAAAAACAAUGCGCUAUAUCUCUUUACUUUGUCUGGUGACCUAUGUUCAAAUUUUGCAUGCUGUAUUGCACCGCUAAAAACUUUAAUUUUACAAAAAAUAAAAAAAUUCUGUAAUGCCAAAAAAAUUUUACCGAGGAGUACGACAUUUUCGCAUUUUCCAAAAAAAUGGCAUUACAGAAUUUUUUUAUAUUUUGGUAAUUGUUAGCUUUUCGUCCAAGUAAAAUAUUGCAAGAAAAAAAUUGUGGGUCAACAUGCUUCUUUUCCAACAAAACGAGACGAUAGGCCAUUUUGGAGUGAAUUUCGUACACGUAUGUCGUCAUAGCAACGAACUAUCUGUUACUAAAACUAAUAAAAUUUGAAAGUAGAGAUAUCGAAAUAUAUAAAAAACACACAAUAUCUGCUGAAUAAAUCCUAAAAAUGCGUAAUUUGAACAUGUCAAAGUGUUGAACACCUGAAUUUACAAACGGGAAAUUGAUGCCCCAACACCCGAUUGGGCUGUCAAUUUUCCGUGCGUAAUACAAAAUGACUGAAAAUUGCAAAUUUCACAGGGCUAUAAUAUCCGCAUUUUACAACAUUUCGCAACGAAACUUUGGAAUAUUACUAAUUUUGUGAUGCUCUUUCAAGCUGUGAUGAAAUUUUUGUCUAGAUCAAAAUUUAGUCUAUAAUGCAAAUGGUCCAUUAACUGUAUAUGUUUAGGUUUGCAGGUUGGUGGGGGCACGACAAAACGUCAAGGUUUCAAAUGGAGCACAGUAUGUACCCGUACGAUUUUUGUUGCCUUUUAAAGCUUCUGUUGCAACGGCAGACAGGUUUCGUGACACAGGCGUUUAUAGAAACAUCUUGAAUAAGCAACCAAUCAGAUCGAAGAACAAUACCCAAGUUCAUCAAACUCAAUACCCAAGGUCAUUCGUGCUCGAUGGAAUUCUGAAUUUUUUUGCACCCGUGAUUUGAAGAUUGUGAAAUGGCUGUGCGACUAAUACGAAAACUGCACUCAGAGAUUUAAAUAUUUCACCAGUUGCUAAAAAUCGUAAGGUCACAGCCAUUCUUUCGUCCAGGCCAAUGUUCUCCAGCACUCUUUCUUCGGUAGCGAAUUUUAGCAUGCAUGAACAUUCACGACCCAAAGUUUAAUGUUUCGCGCGCCUUUCUUCCACGGCCGGAAGUUACAAGUGUGAAGUCUGGUGACUAGUCUUCUCGAUGCGAAUUUCGCGAUCUGUUACACGAUGCAACGGUUUGUGAAACCUGUCUCACAAUCAACAAACCGUUACAUCGUGUAACAGAAGCUUUAGUUAUACCUUGACUGUAUUUAAUAAUUUUCGUGGUUUCAGGGUUUCAACCAUUCAUUUCGUCCACCUUGUGUUUUCCAUUGUUUAGAAUUUGUUCCUCUACAUGGAGCAGCUGGAUUUCAAAUGUCUAACCCACCAGUAUUUCAGACUGUGUCGUUGCUGUCCUCCUUAAAGGUAUGAUAUGGUCAAACCCAUACAGGGACGCCGGAACGAUGUGAAGGCAGGGGGGGCAGAUUUUCGUGAACGGGCACUUUUGAAUUGAUAUAUACUAAAGGCUCAUUUACACGGUGCGAUUAGUUGUAUACGAUUCUUACUCUGGCGUAUGUGAUCGAAUAAACACGCGUACAAACGUCACAUUUCAAAUUUCGCCAUUAGCGAGUGAGCAAUAACGUGGCAUUAGCACUCGUUUUCAUUCGUCAGAAUGACAAUCGUAUACAACUAAUCGUAUCGUGUAAAUGGGCCUUAAGAGAUGUUUGGGGAGGUGAACUUCGCCUAAUCAUGUUUUCUAUUUAUUGGAUGAUACUGGUGAGGGGGUUCUCCUACAGGCGAUCAUGCUAUUCUUGAAGCUCCAUGACUGCAUUUCUUGCGUUUUCUGAAGCAAAUUCGUAAAAGAAUUAGCCUUUCUCACGAUGACGAAUAUCCGCCAUUUUUGGGUGGCAUCUAAUUCUCGUUAACCAAUGCAGACAAUUAAAACAAUGUGAAAAGCAAUUUUUCAAAAUAAACUAACCAUUUACAAAGCAAAUUUACUAUCAUUCGUCCAAAAAAUUAUAAAAAGUCGCUGUUAUGUGGACUUAUCUCGCAGACCUCGGCUGAAAAGCCACCCAAAAAUGGCGGCGUGAGAAAGGUUAAUUGCGCUAACAUUUCUGGCAAUUCGCUAUUUCGCCGAGGCAAUCCUUUAAAUUGAAAGGGCACCUUUGCCCCUCUUGCCUCUCCUGGUAACGGGGACGGCUGCCCGCCCCCCCAGUUCCGGCGUCCCUGAACCCAUAUUAAGCGGACACUUAAAAAAAGAGGAAGGCCGAAGGGGUGUCCGCUUAAUAUGGGUUUGUACCAACGAGCACAACAGGAGGUAACGCCCAACUAAUUUAAGAACUCCCCUGUGAGUUCAAGUUUCGAGGAGACAGUUUUUCUUGCAAUAGACCUUUCCCCUUUUGAGUGAAAUUUUGAUCUAGACAAGUCUGGACAAAAAUUCACAUCACAGCGUGAAAGAGCAUCACAAAAUUAGUAAUACUCCGAAGUUUCGUUGCGAAAUGUUGUAAAAUGCGGAUAAUAUAGCCUUGCGAAGUUUGCCGUUUUUCAGUCAUUUGGUAUUACAAACGGGAAAUUGAUAAUCAGAUAUCAUAUCUAGAUCAAAAUUUCACUCAUAAGGGGAAAGGUCUAUUGUUUGAAAGACAAAUUCAAGAAAGAAAAGUUUGAUUUGGGAGAAAUUAUCAACGUUUAUACGACCUAUACCUAUACAUAGAAAUACUGCAAAGCAUUUUAAAAUUGAAUUUUACCAUAUGACCAUUACCAAUAGCCAGUAUAUUGACUGAAUCUUACACCUGUUUUAUACGUCCAAUUUCGGUCGCGUCGAAUGCAAUUCAAAAAAAGAUAAUGAAACUUAAUGAGCAAAAAUAUUUUAAGUAUAUAUUAAGUAAAUAUUUUAAGUAUAUAUUAAGUAAAUAUUUUAAGUAAAUAUUUUAAAUAUUUUAUAUAUCUGCUGGGCAUUAACAUUUAUCUGAAGCUUAAGGUUUAUCAUCUCAUUAAGUAUUGUCUUAGUGCAUUCGACGCGACCAAAAUUCGACGUAUAAAACUGGCUUUAUUUUUAUAUGUAACUUUUAGGUUCAUACAAGAGCUACCAUGAGUGCUUUACGGAAAAAAUCUCUUCUACUCACAGGUAUAAGAGUGAAUGGGAAAUAUUGUUGAGUACUAUCCCUCAUCGCUUUAGAUAAUCCUGCUAUUUUACUGUGAGAUGGACUUGUUUACCUUGAUAAGUCUGGUGUCGUAUAUGGUGGCAACCACAGCCCAUUUUGGAAAAAAAAUUUAUUUCGUUACGUUGUUGCAGGUUACAUGGAGUAUUUACUAACUAGCAUAACUGACCAAGAUAACGAGGGCUCGUCGCCAGGAAAAUCCUGCAUAAAAGUGAUUACACCAAGUAACCCGGCCGACCGCGGUGCCCAAUUAUCGCUGAUGUUUCCCUUCAACAUUGAUGAAUUUUUCGCGGAACUUCAGAAACGCGGAGUGGUUGUAAGUGUAUUAUCAUGGAUUGGAUUAUACCGAAAACAGGCGUAUUCUAUAUAGCCGCAAACCUUGGCUAUAAUUGUGUCUAUGAGAUAUGCCGAAAAGAAGCGUAUUUUUUAGUCACAAACCGUGGCUAUGAGAUAUGCCGAAAACAGGUGUCAGUACUUUAUAGCCAACGGUGGCUAUAAGAUAUGCCGAAAACAGGCGUACUUUAUAGCCAGAAACCGUGGCUAUAAGAUCAAUGCCGAAAACAGGUGUACUUUAUAGCCAGAAACCGUGGCUAUUGGCUAUAAGAUAUGCCGAAAACAGAGGCGUACUUUAUAGCCAGAAACCGUGGCUAUAAGAUCAAUGCCGAAACCAGGUGUACUUUAUAGCCUACGGUGGCUAUAAGGUAUGCCGAAAGCUCGCUUACUACAUAGCCUGGCUAUAAGAUAGCUUGGCUAUAAGGUAGGCUAUGCCGAAAACAGGAUUUGUUUUCGGAUUCUUAUUUUCUGAGCCUUUUUUUUUCAAAACAGGUUGAUGAACGAAAGCCGAAUGUUAUCAGGGUAGCAGCUGUUCCUAUAUAUAAUUCCUUCAUGGAUGUUUAUAAAUUCUACAAAAACAUUAAAGAAUGCUACGGUAUUGUUUAUGCCAAACGGUAACAGAAAUUAUUACAGGAACAUUUUUAUUUAAAUUGUUUUUUUUGUAUUUAUUUUUGCAGCAUUUAUGUCUGUGAUAGUAUACUUAUAUGUAUUUCGGGUAGCGAUCGCUUUCUGCAUGGUAAUAACCAAUGACAAUUCAACUAAUACGAUUACAGUAACAUAAACUUUAAGUUCAAUUUUCUCACGAAAUAUCAUUAAUUUAUUUUAAAUUGUUGAAGAAUACGACUGUUCUCAUCAAGGCUUGACUUCGGUAGUUUAGGGAUGAUGUAAUCCGCGAUACAAUCAUAUAGUGGGCCAUAGUUGAUAAUUUUUUUACUUGUUGGAGAAGCGAUGUCAAAAACUUAAGCUUGUUGUCCCACCAAGAUGUACAAACACUCGAAAACAAUUAACAAAACCAAAGGCAAAGCCUUGUGUUUUCUGCAAUGCUUUCUUUUGUGUGACGAUCUCAGCAUGAAACUCGCGCUAUCUUUUUCAUAUUUUAUACACAACGAAAAAUCAUCCCGAAAAGUACAGACUACAGUUGAAUGUAAGAGUAUAAAGUAUAGAAACCUCUUUUUGAGGACAAAAACAAAGGCCGGUAAAACAAAACCAGUUUACCAGAGCUGAUCUUAUGGUGAGCUUUCUAUCCUAUUGUUACUAGUAAAUACAUAUUAGAAAAAAUUACAAGUUAAACUUGUCUUGUACAUUGUUAGUUACUUAGUUUAGUUGAUUUUGUAAACACUUGCUAUUCAUGUAAGCAUUGCCAUUGAAUGGUGAUUGAUAUAAAUAUGGCUUUAUAAUUAUAUGGGAACUUUUUAACAAGAAUAGAGAGCUUAAAAGAUUGACGUGUAAGGCAAACCGCUAACCACCGGAAAUGGUAAACUUCAAAUUCCAUUUGAAAGUUAUUAAAGUUCUAGAAGUAUUCGUCGGCUCUGAAGCUAAAUAUCAAAGUGAUCACAAUAGGAAUUUUGUAUAUAGGUAAAUUUUAAGUCUUGAAGGAUUUGUAAGAAAUGUUUUAAGGAAAAAAUUGCUACUGUGAUCGAUCACAGAAACUUUGAUAGUAUGAACCAGGCUUAAUGGAC